AUAUACCAUAUACAUCUGCAAAAUAUAGAAAAUUCGAGUUUAAUUUCAUCUUUGUUUUUGACAAUGACAACCUUGAAAAAUGACAGCUAGGAAAAAGACGAAGAAAGCUUAAAACUCCAAUCAUUUGAAAAAAUAUGUGGUAUAUCGAUUUCGUGAAUUACUCGCUUCACUGAGUCUAAGAAAGAUAUCCUCGAAUGGUAUCAUAUAUCCGCAAGAAGUAGCCGAGCACAUAACGAAUAAAUACUGAAAAAAGUAGGAGAUCAUCAGGAGGAAGAAGGAAGAUAAAAGAAAGUAGAGGGGAAGAAGAUAAGAGAAAGAGGGGACUGAAAGCGAGAGAGAAAAGAUAGAGAGAAGCAAUGGAACAGGUAAAACAAAAAGUGAGGAAAAAAUUGAAAACCAGUCUCUCAGUCAGGAAGGUAGUUCUUCGGAGUCUAGCAGACUGCGGACUCGCUCUCUUCUCCUUUUCCACCACCAUCGCUAUCAGCAACCACCACCACCACUGUGUUCGGCAACGACUUUACGGUAACAGCGGCUGCAGCACCACCACCACCACUACCAACUCGCUUGGCUACCAUCGCCAACACCUCCUUUUCCUCCUCCUCCUCCUACACCUCUUUCCCUUUCCGCUUCUCCGUUUCUCUCGGUCCACGUCCUUCCUUAAUUCAGUCCAAUGAGAGUCGCUCUUCGAUUCGUCGCACCCGUCAUAGAUACUCGGUUCGUCUCGAUCUUUCAGGAUACUUUUUCUCCUUCACCAUCCUUUGGUCGAGUCGUACAAUUCGCCAAGUAGUUGUGUGCCAACUUGCCUCGAGUCUCGCGACACAUCGAUUUCAAGAUCGGAAUUUAACAAACCGGUCGGUCCGCGCGAAUACACGAACGAAUAUCGUGCUCAGAGAAAGUGUCAGCUAGUGCGAACAAGAGUGGAUCUGUUCGAAUGGAUCGAUAGAUCGUGCCGAUUAUUAUAGAGACAGAGAGGAUUAUACGCAAAAGAUCGAACGUGUUUCUUAUUGUGUUAAAGAAAAACAGUUUGUUUUUCUACGUUUAGAAGGAUACGCUUGACGGAGAGAACAUGUUUCGUACCAGUCGCAACGCGAACCGGUUGCGCGUGCUUAAAAUAGUUACCCGUGCAUAGGUUACCGCUCUACCCACCGUUCGCUCAUUGGAAUACAUUUCAGGAUUGUCAGAACACGAUGACGAGUUGGAGAAGAACGCUUAUCGUGGCAAUCAUUGGAAUCUUAUUUCUGGCUGCAAUCACUAAAUAUUCUAAAGCCUGCAACGAAGCGAUCUGUGCUAGUGUCGUGAGUAAAUGUAUGCUCACGCAAAGUUGCAAAUGCGAUCUCGUUACCUGUACCUGCUGCAAGGAAUGCUUUUCUUGUCUUAGUUAUCUUUAUGAUGAAUGUUGUUCGUGCGUAGAUCUGUGCCCGAAACCAAAUAUUACAGAUAAUCCGUUGAGCAAGAAGUCUCAUGUGGAGGAUUUUACCGAUCCGAUGCCAGGUCUGUUUCAAGCGUUAACCGCAGAACCGGAUCCGCACGAACGUUGGCUUACAUUCACGUUUCCAGUGGAUUUUGAUAUGUCUUUAUUUACACCAAAACAUGAAAAUAAAUAUACUAUGAAAACUUCCAAUGAAGAAGUGCACCCAUUGAAACCAAACGUAAUGACGGUUAACUGCACCGUUGCAUUUAUGGCUCAAUGUAACUCCUGGAACAAAUGUCGGGCGUCUUGCCAGAGCAUGGGUGCUAGUAGUUAUAGAUGGUUCCACGAUGGUUGCUGCGAAUGUAUAGGAGACACUUGUAUUAAUUAUGGAAUCAAUGAAUCGAGAUGCAUACAUUGUCCAAUAGACAAAGAAGAAGAUGAUUUGAAAGAUCAGUAUGAUGAUUAUGGUCAAGAUGAAGAUGAUUUAACAGAAGAUGACAUCGAUUAAUAAUCAUUGGUUUUCUUUUCGAUCUCGUGUAAUGUUUUCUCGUUAGUGGAUUGUAUUGAAGUUGAAGUUGUGUUAGGGUGAGUGCAAUCCCGGUGACGGUUAAUUAUUUCAAGAACUCAAUCGUAAAUAGUGCCGUCAUUUAUUCGUGAUAUUCAUGAAUUCGAUACUAUAUCUAUGUGCAAAGACUGUGGUUUUAUGAUUGAUUGACCAUUUUAUCCUUUUUAAACUUUUUAAAAAUUAUACAAUAAAUGAUGAACUUAAUUCCCUUCAAAAGGGAUUCAUUUGUUAGCAAAUAUAAUUUAAAUCAUGAUCAGUGAAGUUGGAAACAAUUGAUUGUUAACGCAGUUAAUGAUAUCGCGUUUAAGUUUAAGUAAAGAAAACAAACAAAUGUAAUGGCGUUUAGAAUUGACUGGUUUUAUAAUAUGACUUUAACGGCAUAGCACGUAUAAGUCAUUAUUUUUAAAUGUUAAAUAUGUAUGUAUGUAAGUAGUA